AUGGCAGCCAGUUCCUCAUCUUCAUCAUCUCCGCCUAAACAGAACUUCCUGGAUUCAUUUCCAGCAUUUCGUCGGGCACGUACUCCUCCACCGAAGAAUACAGAUUCAGAAGUUGAUUGUACACCAUAUGAACAUAUCAAAUACCGUCCAUUCUGUCAGACAAUCCGUUUGAGGAAACGAAGAAAGGCGCAGAAUAAACCAAAGAGACAACGAUUAUCAGUAAUUAUGGAGAACUUGAACAUGUUCGAAUGGUUACAUCGAGUUGGAGCUCAUAAAUCCAUGACAACUGAUGAACUUCUCUUCGUACUCACCAAUGGACUGUUCCAUCAAGACAAAGGAAAUGUUGCAAUUGUCUUCAAUAAAGAUAAUAGAACUGGAAAAAGUGCGACGAGUCGAAUGAAUGCUGCAUUCGGAAAAGCUGACGAUAAGAAAGAUGCAGUGAAGGAGUUCAUGGACGCCCACAAUUCUCCAAAAGUUAAUUUUUCGGUUCCUGAGAAUAUCAAGAGAUACGGAUGUGGUCAUGUGAUUAGGAAUGAUUUUUACGAGGAGGAAGUACCCUCUCCGAUUAGAGAAAUUGAAAUUGUUACUUUGGAUUAA